GGUGGCCACGAAGGCUGAUGGUGUCCUGGUUGGCCAGCGGUUGGCCAACAGUUAACCAUGAACCAGCAGUGUGUCCUGGUGGCCAUGAAGGCUGAUGGUGUCCUGAUUGGCCAACAGUUGACCAUGAACCAGCAGUGCGUCCUGGUGGCCACGAAGGCCGAUGGUGUCCUGGUUGGCCAGCGGUUGGCCAACAGUUGACCAUGAGCCAGCAGUGUGUCCUGGUGGCCACGAAGGCUGAUGGUGUCCUGGUUGGCCAACAGUUGACCAUGAACCAGCAGUGUGUCCUGGUGUCCACGAAGGCUGACGGUGUCCUGGUUGGCCAGCAGUUGACCAGUGAUUGACCACAGGGGAUCUUGCAGCCUUCUUGAAGGAACCAGCUUUGGGGGGGGUUGGCCUGGAUGACCUACAGAGGUCCCUUCCAACCCUGCAGCUCUGUACACCUUCUCCCCACAGAUCUACUACCACGGGGAACCCAUCAGCGUCAACGUCCACGUCACCAACAACACCAACAAGACAGUGAAGAAGAUCAAAAUCUCAGUGCGCCAGUACGCCGACAUCUGCCUCUUCAACACCGCCCAGUACAAGUGUCCCGUGGCAGUGGAGGACGCCGAUGACAUGGUGGCUCCGAGCUCAACGUUCUGCAAAGUCUACACCCUGACCCCCUUCCUUGCCAACAACCGGGAGAAGCGUGGGCUGGCACUGGAUGGCAAGCUGAAGCAUGAGGACACCAACCUGGCCUCCAGCACGCUGCUGAGGGAUGGAGCCAACAAGGAGAUCCUGGGCAUCAUCGUGUCCUACAAGGUGAAGGUGAAGCUGGUGGUGUCGCGAGGAGGCCUGCUGGGAGACCUUGCCUCCAGUGACGUGGCAGUGGAGCUGCCCUUCACCCUGAUGCACCCCAAACCCCGAGAGGAGCCGGCACACCGGGACGGUGAGCGUUCCCCCUGGCUGCAAUGGGGACCCUCACAG